GGCAGCUCUGUUGCUGACGCCUUCCUUCAAACCCCGGGUUAUACCGUCCGCGGUGUAACUCGUAAUACCGAAUCCGAAGCUGCCAAGGCAUGGGCAGCAAAGGGCAUUGAGAUCGUCCAGGGCGAUUUCGACGAUGUCAAGUCUCUUGAGCGGGCUUUCCAAGGUGCCAAUGUCAUUUUCGGCGUCACCGAUUUUUGGAACAUCUUUGGGAACCCUCAAAGUAAAGAGCUUAAGAAGCCUGAUCAGGAACUUGUCGAAUAUUGUUAUGAAGUCGAGUUACGACACGGCAAAAAUCUUGCUGAUGCCGCAGCCUCAACAGCAUCAACGUUAGACCGGUACAUCUUCAGUUCUAUGGCUGAUGCAACAAAGUCAAGUGGUGGCAAGUUUAAAACGCUAUACCACAUGGACUCCAAGGCCCAGGCUGUUACAUAUGCACAAAGCCUUCCUGAGCUGAAAGACAAGUUCUCUCAGAUUCAAGCCCCCAUCUACUUCCAACUUGUAACGGACUGGGGGCUACCAAUUGCUCCGAAAAAGCAACCAGAUGGCACUUAUCGAAUGAUGGCCCCCGGCGCCGGCCACAAGCCCAUCCCCUUUGGAGACGUUCGCAGCGACCUUGGGCCUUGUGUCAAAGCUCUUGUUGAGCAAGCGCCGCCUAACACAAACUUGUUUGCUGUGGGUGAUUAUAUUACCUGGACGGACUAUCUUCGCAUCUUCUGCGAGACGCAGGGCCUUACAUAUGGAGGUGUCGACGAGCUGUCGUAUGAUGAAAUAAAUGAGCUUUUGCCCGGUGGCUUAGGUCAUGAAUUCGGAUCAAAUGUCUUAUUUGCAUUUGAAUUUGGGUAUGAGGGAAAAGAACAUGGAAUUGUUGGGCCAGGAAAGGUGAGUUUAGUUUACUAG